GCACGGACUCUUGCAAGUGACAGGGCUGCACAGACACACAGGACAUCCUCAAGGAGGGAAAGUGGUGCUGUGUCCCUGUCACAAGACUGAGUGGAUAUGAAACACCCUCUGCUCCUGCCCCUUCUCCUGCUGGGGAGUGUUGCUGCUUUUCGUCUGGAGAAUCAUGCUCCCCACCUGCACAGCCAAGACACACAGGCAGACCUGAGCCAGGGUCUGGAAGGUUCAGGGGAUCAGGAGGGAGAGUUGGCCCUGACUGAAGAGAAGAUUCAGUCAGAAGAAGAGCAAGUGGAGGCGUCUGGCUACCAAAAUGACUUUGACGAUGAGAAGGCUUUGCAGUUGGACCCAAGUGCCCUCGACACCAACUUGCAGUGCCCCAGGACAGAGGACACAGUCGAAAUAGUGGGAAGUCCUGGGUGCAAGACCUGCCGCUACAUCUUGGUGAGGACUCCCCAAGUCUUUACAGUUGCUCAGCAUACUUGCAGGAAUUGCUACAGAGGUACCCUCGUCUCCAUCCACAACAUCGGCAUCAAUUACCAUCUGCAGUGCAUGACCAGUGCACUCAACCAAGGCCAAGUCUGGAUUGGAGGCUAUAUCUGGGGAUCGGGCCAAUGCAGGAGGUUUUUCUGGGAUGAUGGAAGCUGCUGGAAUUAUUCAAACUGGGCUGCAGGACAGCCUAACUGUGGGGGUGGCAACUGUGUAACUCUAUGCACCACAGGGGGUCAGUGGCGACUCGAGCAUUGCUGCAGACCUCUGCCCUUCAUCUGCUCUGCCUAAGCCAGUGGUCUGGAGACCCUGCCCUGGACCUGCCGCCUGCACCCCUCCUGGCUGCCCCUACCUACCCUGGGCCCUGGCUGGGCCUCCAGCCUCCCCUGCUCAUAAAG